AUGUGGCGAGAAAUAUUCUUAUCGAAUUUUUUUCUUUCUAUUUUCAUUAUCUUUCGAUUAUCUUCUUGUCAUUCUGCUUCAAUAACGACGUUACAAUCAUCAUCAACUUAUCAUCAUUCAGAAUUAAUAUCAAAUAAUUCAUAUCGUAAUUUUUUUCUAAGACAAUAUUUUAUUGAUUUACUUAAUAUAUCUCAUUCACCAUUAAUACAAUCAAUGAUUACAAAUCAUUAUUUAACAACAAAUUUAGAACAGAUUAAAAAUCGUAGACGUAGAAAACAUAUAACCAAUAAACCAUUUUCCUUAACUCCUAUGUAUACAUUACAUUCAAAAAAUUGUUUAACAAUAAAUAAUAAUCAAAUUCAAUCAACAUUUCAAUGGUCUGAUACAAUUACAAGUUUAUCGUCAAUUGAACUUAUUUAUGAUAUAAAUUCAACUGAAAUCGAACCAUUAAAAAUACCUAUAAAAAUAUUAAUAAAACAAUUACGAACAUUUAAAGAAUUGUUAUCGAUUAAUACAUAUUUACAAUUUGAUUCUAUUCGAAAUUUUUAUUUUCUUAAUAUGUAUGAUUAUUUUUUACAAAUAAAUAAUCCAAACGUAAUUAUUGAAACAAUUAUUCAUAAUCAAACAUGUCAAACACUACAGACUUAUAUUAUAAUGUCAUCAUUAAGAUCGAAUUCUUUGAUUUCAAAUGAAUCGCCACAAGAAAAAACUAUAUGUAAAGUAAAAACGAUUCAAAUUAAAUUUGAAGAACUUGGUUUAGCUAAUUUAUUUAUUCGACCAAAAGAAUAUACAUUUAGUUAUUGUGAUGGUUCGUGUUCAAAUUUGACAUUGUCACAACAAUCACAAUUAAUAUCAUGGCAUGCAGUUAUACAGUCGUUGAUUAGUAAAAAAAAUUCGAAUAUUCCUCAACUUAAAUGUGUACCAUCUCAAUAUACUGAUGAUAAUUUUCUUCUUCGACAACCAGAUGGAAGUAUCGAAAUCUAUCCAAUUAAAAAUGCUAUUGUUAAACAAUGUACUUGUCUGUGA